UCUUAUUUUUCUGUCUAUCCAAACAGGGAGCAGAGAAAAGGAAUGAGUACGAGAUUCUCUUGUGGUGGUUGCUCAGUGAAGUGCAAUCACUUUGUAUUCCAGCGUCUUCCAAUGCGCUUCAACUUUUCACCAUCGCCUUCAUCCAUGAAGCGCUUUUCCGCUCCUCCCAUUUGCAGUGUUUCGCCUCCACCUAAAGUAACUGACACUCCGCAACGUGUUGGCUUUUUGGGCAUCGGAAUCAUGGGUUCCCCAAUGGCCCAUAAUCUCUUGAAAGCUGGAAUUGAUCUAACUGUUUGGAAUAGAACCAAGAGCAAGUGUGAUCCUCUAAUCAGCUUGGGAGCAAAAUAUAAACCAUCUCCUCAGGAAGUAGCUGCAUCUUGCGAUGUCACAUUUGCCAUGCUUGCUGAUCCUCAAAGUGCAGUCGAUGUUGCUUGUGGGAAGCAUGGAGCUGCAAAUGGAAUGGGUCCAGGAAAAGGAUACGUGGAUGUUUCGACUGUUGAUGGGGACACUUCUAAGUUGAUUAGUGGGCACAUAAAAUCCUCUGGAGCGUUAUUUUUGGAGGCUCCAGUUUCAGGUUCCAAAAAGCCAGCAGAAGAUGGGGAAUUGAUAUUUCUCACAGCAGGCGACAGAAAUCUUUAUGACUCAGUUGCUUCUCUCUUGGACAUCAUGGGGAAAUCUAAAUAUUACCUUGGUGAUGUCGGAAAUGGUGCUGCGAUGAAACUCGUUGUCAAUAUGAUCAUGGGCAGUAUGAUGGCAUCCUUUUCUGAAGGCUUACUUCUCAGCAAGAAAGUUGGGCUUGAUCCAGAUGUGCUAGUGAAGGUAGUUUCACAGGGUGCCAUUAGUGCUCCAAUGUACUCAACCAAAGGCCCAUCCAUGAUACAAUCGCUUUACCCAACUGCAUUCCCCCUAAAGCAUCAGCAGAAGGAUCUAAGACUUGCCCUGGGGCUAGCUGAGUCUGUUUCCCAACCUACUCCCAUUGCCGCAGCUGCUAAUGAGUUGUAUAAAGUUGCAAAAUCCCAUGGCCUUGGUGAUCAGGACUUUUCAGCCGUCAUAGAAGCACUAAAGUCCAAUUUUCAAAAUUCAGAUAACCAGUGACAUUCUUAUGAGAUACAAAUUCAAGCUCAAAAGUGAAAACUAUAACCAGCUAGGUGACUUGAAUCAAAUGUAGACAUUCAGUGUGAGGCUAGCUGAUUUAAAUGCUUUCUCCCAAAUGUAUACUCUGCCCUAGUUUAGGGUUUGUAAACAUUGUUUUUUUUUUUUUCAUAUCUCUUCAAUCUCAAUUCUCUUUUUUUUC